AUGGACGGUACAAGUUCUAUGAUAAAGCACCAGAAAUCGUGCCAAACGUCUAACAAAUAUAAUCGAAGCGAAUAUUCGACCAUUAAGCAAUAUUUUCGUCCUAAAACAUCUUCAUCCAUACCGCGAACAAUGAAAGAAAAAAUUACAAAUGCAGCUGUUGAAUUAGUUUCUUUGGAUAACCGUGCAUUUGAACUUAUUUCUGGAGAUGGAUUCAUCAAUUUUGCACAAACUGUACUUGAUGUUGGACAAACUUUAUCUAAUAGACAAAAUCUUAAUAUUCUGGAUUUACUUCCGCAUCCAACAACUGUAAGUGUUAGUUUUUGUGGCAUUGGACUUUUCCAUUUGAAUGACGACUUACAAUUAUAUGUUUUUAUAUUGGGCUGCUAUCCUUAUGAUCGAGACAAUCAAUCUUCAAAUCAAAUUCGACAAUUCAUUGAUUCAAAAUUAAUGGAAUACCAUUUGACAUUAGAUGAUAGUAAAUUUGUAGUUUGUGACAAUGAAAAUAAGAUGAAAUCUAGCUUCAAAGAUUUAUGUACAAGAGUUGGUUGUUCCAUACAUUAUCUAAAUAAGCAACUACAACAUUGUUUUACUACUGAUGUAAUAGACAAGAUGCCUGUUGAUUGUGAUAUUGUUCAGCAAAUGUUCAAUAGUAUUCGACAAAUUGUAUCUCACAUGCGACGAUCGCACAAACAGUUCAAAUUAUCUAGAAAACUACAAUCAUACUCUGAUAGUCGAUUUAAUAGUGCUUUUUACACUAUGAAUGUUUUUUUAAUUGUAUUUGAUGAAUUAGCUGGUAUAUUAGAACGAACUUAUAUGAACGAUUAUAUGUUGAUUGAUAAAGAUUUAUUUGCAUCUGUGUGUUUAUUUUUAAAACCAUUCGAAGAAGUAAUUGAACAGUUUAGUUGUGAUACAAAACCAACAAUUUAUAAAGUAUUAGCAUUGAGACAAUAUUUAUUAAAUCAUUGUAAAAUUGAUCCGGAUGAUCAUGAUGGAAUACAACAAAUAAAAAUAUUUCUUGCAAAACGUAUUCAAGAUAUUUGGAUAUUGCAAAAUAUACAUUAUAUAACUACCUUUUUGCAUUCAUCUAUGAAAAAUUUUCAUGUUAAUCUUGACUUACAAGAAAAAGCUAUCGAGUUGGUGCAACAAGAAAUGUUGAAGAGACAACCAACAGCACCAUCCAACACAUUUACACCAACUGCGACAACGUCUGCUUGUACAAAUGCACUUGAUUCAAAAUCAACAGCAUCAAAAGAUCUUCUUUCAUCCUGUUUUGAUAUACCAAAAAUUGACUUGAAAUCGACAUCACCUUCGUAUGAUGAAUUAAAAGAAUAUAUGACAUUAGAUGUCCAAUUAACUGAACAAGAUGAUAUUUUACAAUUUUGGUUACAACAAAAAUCGAAAUUUCCAAUCUUAUUUUCUGUAGUUCAAGAUUUUUAUGCUGUACCAGCAUCGAAUACAAGUAUAGAAAGACUUUUCUCAUCGUCCAAAAAUACAGUUACAGAUAAACGUAGUAGUCUCGGUGCUGAUAAAAUAAAUAAGUUACUGUUUUUACAGAAAAAUUUAACUUUACUAAAGUCAUUUGAUAAAAAAACAUCGAUUGAAGCUAAUACAAAUGAAAUGAAAAGAAAGAUGGUUGAAAAGUCGUCUCCUACAAUCUUCAAUGCAAAUCAAGAACAAUCUAUUACUACAACAACAAAGAAAUUUAAAAUGAAUGAAGUUAAUGUAACCCUUAGUGAUGAUAACUACGAAGAAGAAAAUGAUGAAGUAGAUUUAUUUUAA